AUGUCAUUGUACGAAAGCCAGGAUGACCUUACAAUUACUGGGGUGGUAGACAUGGAGUGGGUCUAUGCAGGGCCAGCUCAGCUAUUCGGAUCUGCUCCCUGGUGGCUUCUUAUGGGUCGACCUCUCAACGAGGAAUGGGAUUUCGACGAGGAUGAUGCCCCAGAGGCCACUGAUCGCUACUUCAAAUACUUGGAAAUUUUUAUACGCGUGCUAUCAGACGAAGAGGGUAAGAUGACGGGGAAUGGCCGCAAAGAACUCGCCGAGCUGGUUAAUGGUCUAAGAAUUCUGGAGCCAUGUGGCUCCAUAUGCUUCUGUCGAGUGACCUUUUUAAUACACCUACCUUGUAUGCAAUUGCGAAAAUUCAAGGGUACUGAGUGGUGGGACGAGCGCUUGAAGGAGAAUGGUGAUACGGAGGAAGUCGAAACAUUCGUUGCAAGCAAGCUGGAAGACCUGGCAGCGUAUGACAAGAUCAAGGAUAAGGUGGAACAUUUCAAGGCCCUCAUGGAUAGCAAGGAGAUAACAACAACAGAUUUCAUUAGUUCUGUUUAUUCUCUUCUAAGAUCUGCUCAAGAAAAGUGCUCGGACUAA